GGGAUUGAGAAGGCGAUAAAAGUGGCGGUUUACCUGCGCCAGCCUGUUAAUGUCUGGCGGCGUGGUCGUGUGCGCAGCGACAUGGCAAAUGAGUUCGACGGGGAGAUUUUCGAGAGAACUUCUAGUCGUAGUCAGUUGGCAACUGGACAUUGUGUACAUCUUAGGUAUCCUAUUUAACUUUGCAGGAAACGAGGGAAUCCCAUCCCAGAAACGAUAUCAAAAAUGUGUCAAAUCGGUUGGCUCUAAACAGCCUGCGCUAAGGACCUUGCAUCCCCCGCUUUUCAUGAAUACAUACAGCUAUAAAGCUGGUCUGAUUCCAUCUCACUCACUCUCUAUCUGAACAGCCCGCAACCAUGGCUGGAGUCGCGCUUUUUGUCAUCGAUAUUCAAGGAGAAUUCAUCUCUGUCCCCGAAACCGCCAUCCCCCACGCCCAUCGCAUCCGUGAUGCAGCAACCGAGAUCCUACACCGCGCGCGGAACGAGGCCACUACCAGGCCAAAGAUCGUGAUCGUGCAACACGCAGAGAAUGGCCCCGAUGCAACGAUGAACCCUGGAAGCAAAUCCUGGGAAUUAGUUUUCCCCUGUCUGGAUGGCGCCGAGAAUGAAAUGCUGGUGGCCAAAACCGCAGCGACAGCGAAUACUUUCGAGUCCAAUCCCUCCUUAGCCGCCACCCUCAAGAGCCAGGGAGUGCGAAAGAUCGUGGCCUUCGGAAUCCAGAGCGACAAGUGCGUUCGGGCCACUUGUCGCGGGGCAGUGAAUGCUGGCUUCGAGGUUGUUCUGCUUCGUGGCGCGCACUCUACCUAUGACAAUAAGCAGACGGGUCAGAGCGCGAAGGAGGUCGAAACAGAGGUUGAACGGCAAUUGUCCACGCUUGGGGUGAAGGUCGUGCCCUGGGAUACUUACAAAUUUUGAAAAUCCCGCAUCAGUUUGCCAUGAUUAGGUACCAUUAAGCAUAAUUCAUGAGAUAUGAAGAUAGGACAACAUAAUAAUUCAAACACAGACAGUUCGGUUGGUGAAUUUGCU